AUGGGAGUAGGACAAUCAGAUUAAGUAAUCAUAGAACCUUUAUUCUUUCCAUCCAAAGAUAAUGAAUAAAAAUUUAUUUAAUUCCUUUCUUAAGCUAAACGAUAUAUUCGUAUCUGUAUUUACACAUUCACCAAUCAAAAUAUUGUUGAUAAAAUAAUUUAGAUGAUGAGAGAAAAUCCAAAACUAAAGAUACAAAUUAUAGCUGAUGAUGCUUAGACCAUCAAUUUAACUAAAUAACUUGAAAUUUUGGAUGAAAUAUAAAAAGUAGGUAAUGGAUAGGUAGCUUAUUAGCUUAAUUAUUUUAUUAGGUUGAAAUUAAACUCGAUAAUUCAACUGCAAGUUUGAUGCAUAAUAAAUAUUUAGUGAUUGAUUCUGAUUAUGUAGCCACAGGUUCUUUUAACUGGACUAAGGCGGCAGUUAAGACUAACAAAGAAAACAUACUUUUAAUUAAAAGUAAAACACUUGUAAAAUAAUUUGAUGAAAAUUUUUAAUCCCUUUGGUAAGAAUUUAAAUUCAUGAAUGACAGAAGAGAAGAAUAAAAAUAAAAACAAAUAAAUAAAGCUGGAAGGGCUGAUUAAGCUGCCAAAAAGGUAGAAUAGAUUAAAAAUGCUAAUCUUGAUAACCCUAAUCCAACUCAGGCAGAAACUUUGACUAAAAGAAAAAAGGCUCCUAAAACACUAAAACUUCCAAAAAAACAUAAACCUGCAAAAGUUCCAAAAUAUUCCAAAAAACCUAGUACUAUUUCAAAAAAAAUUAAAAAAGUAACUGAUAAGAUGAUGUAGAAAAUGAAGAAGGUUAUUUAGUGGGGGAGGAAUAUUCCAUAGAAAAUUUUUAGAAGAAUGUGA